AUUCAUUUAGUAAUUAGAUGCCGACUAUAAGUAGCCGUUAAAUAGCCGUUUCUGCUGCCAAAUCCCCGGAAAGUGCACCCUCUAGUCUGCAGACAUGCUUACGCUUUCUUCACACACAAAACAGCGAACAUAUCUAUCGCGAACAGCCAGGAAACAGUGGCAUCUGCCUGUCGAAAUCAUUGACCUUAUUACUUCCAGCGUUGAUCGUCGUCAAGACUUGAUAUCUUUCGCUCUCUCAUGCCAUGCUCACAAACAGGUCGCCAUACCUCGUUACAGCGAGUAUCGCAUAAUUCGCUCUCCUCUCCAGUCUCCCAUAUGGGCACAUCUUGCAGCACGUCCUGACCUGGGACGAAAUAUCCAAGUACUCGAUAUUCUAUGUGAUCAUAUCUCGUCUGCAUGCAGACCACAUCGCGUUCCUACCACCUGGGUAGACCCAUCUCAUGCUUCAUUGACGUCCGCCACAGAUGUGACAGACGCAUUUGUCAACGCUCUGCGCUCAAUGGAGUCCUUACAUACGUUCUCGUGGGCCACGGACUUCAAAUUUCACCUAGAGUACGAGCGCACAUUUGAGGAGAAUAUCUGGAGUGCUCUUCAGCAUAAUAAAUCACUGAGACACGUAGAAUUCUCCGAUCCUUCAUUUCAUCGCAGCUUCUAUCACUAUGACAACUUUCACCG